UCCGGAGACUUUUAUUCUGUCUCGGUCGUUUCCGCUCUUGGCUGAAGAAAGAUGGCGAACGGUUCGGGGCCCGUUUCUGCUCUCUGGACCGAAAUCAACCGCUGCGGACAGAAUGGAGACUUUACACGAGCCCUGAAGGCUGUCAAUAAAAUUUUGCAUGAGAAUAAAGAUGACGUGACCGCUCUGCUGUGUAAAAUUGUCUGUCUGAUCCAGAAUGGAGGUUUUAAAGAAGCCUUGAACGUUAUAAACACUCACACAAAAUCACUGAACAGUGAUAUGAUCGGGUUCGAGAAGGCCUACUGCGAAUACCGUCUGAACAGGGUGGAGAGCGCUUUAAAAACCAUCCAGGCAAUCCCAGAGCAAACGGAUAAACUGAAGGAACUCUACGGCCAAGUGCUGUACAGACUGGAACGCUACGAUGAGUGUCGUGCUGUAUAUAAAGAUCUGAUCAGAAACUCUCAGGACGAUUAUGAGGAGGAGAGAAAGACCAACCUGUCCGCUGUUCUAGCCGCCCAGAGCAUGUGGGAUAACACGGCACCAGAGGACCUGGAUUUACCCGAGAGCUCGUAUGAGCUGUGCUACAACGCUGCCUGUUGUCUCAUUGGUCAAGGGCAGUUCAGCCAGGCCCUGACUCAACUACAGAAAGCUGAAGAGUUGUGCAGGAAAUCUCUAGCCGAGGACUCGGAUGUGAUGGAGGAGGACAUUGAAGCCGAGCUGGCCAUCAUUCACUCUCAGAUGGCUUACGUGAUGCAGCUACAGGGCAGAACGGACGAAGCGCUUCAACUCUACAAUCAAGUCAUUAAACUUAAGCCAUCCGAUGUUGGUCUGCUGGCGGUAACUGCGAAUAACAUCAUCACUGUUAACAAGGACCAAAACGUGUUUGACUCCAAGAAAAAGGUGAAGCUGACCAACGCUGAGGGUGUGGAGCACAAACUGGCCAAUAAACAGUUGCAGGCCAUCGAGCUCAACAAAGCCCUGCUGGCUAUGUACACUAACCAGGCGGAGCAGUGCAACAAGUUGGCGUCAAACCUGCAGUCGCAGUACCCCGGACACCCCAAACCGGUUCUCGUUCAGGUGGCUCAACUGUGUCGAGAGAAACAGCACAACAAAGCCAUAGAGCUGCUACAGCGGUUUGCAGAUCAGUAUCCUGAGAACGCGUCUCGAAUCAAACUCACAAUGGCUCAGCUUUACCUGACUCAAGGUCAUGUGACUAAAGCGUGUGACAUCCUGAAGUCAAUAGAAGAAUUUGAAUACAAGCUAGGAAUGGUUUCUGCUUUGGUCACGCUGUACACUCACGAAGAAGACAUCGACAGUGCCAUCGACGUCUUCAGUCAGGCCAUCCAGUAUUACCGGUCCAAGCAGCCCGGGUCUGCGGCUCACCUUUCUCUGGUCAGAGAGGCUGCCAACUACAAGCUGAAGCACGGCCGUAAGAAGGAGGCGACCAGCGACCUGGAGCAGCUGUGGAACCAAAACAAGAAAGACAUCCACACGCUGGCUCAGCUCAUCUCUGCGUACUCGCUGGUGGAUCAGGAAAAAGCCAAAGCGUUGAGUAAACAGCUUCCUUCUCCGGACAGCAUGUCUUUAAAUGUGGACGUCGAUGAACUGGAGAAAUCGCACGGAGCCACAAACAUCAGGAAAAAAGCUACAAAAGUGAUCGGAGAAAUACAACCCAAAGAACAGGGGCCAGACAUUAAAAAGAAGAAGAAAAAGAAGAAAGGUAAACUGCCAAAGAACUGUGACCCCAAAUCGACCCCCGACCCUGAACGCUGGUUGCCGAUGCGAGAACGCUCGUACUAUCGCGGCAGAAAGAAGGGCAAGAAGAAGGAGCAGGUGGGCCGCGGCACGCAGGGCACAACAUCAGGAGCUUCUGCCGAGCUCGAUGCCAGUAAAACAGCCAGCAGUCCGCCCACGUCCCCUCAACCCGGCUUAGGAACGAGCACCAACACGGCACCUCCACGACAACAGAAACCUGCUGCACCCGCAGCUGCUCGCAAAAAGGCACCACAGAAAAAGAAGAAGGGAGGGAAAGGAGGAUGGUAGAAUGAGAAACGGAUGAGUCUACCCAAAAUGAAACACUCAUUUCUCUUUAGAUUUCCUAUUGGGUUAAAAAGGUAAAGAUACCACAUCCCCUACUAGUGGCCUGGAGACGAUAGAGGAUGAAUUAUUUUGGAAUUUGGAAAGAAGGAUGAUGAAUUAAAAAGGCGUGAGUUUUGUCUAAAGAUGAGUGACCGUGCAGUUUGAAAUAAAUGGGAAUCUUGAUGGUCAUCUUUUUUUGCCAACACAUUUUUUAAGCAUUGAGUCUAAUACUGUAACUGUUAAAGUGUCCGGGGCAUUUUCAUGUAUGAUUUUAAAAUGAAGUGUUUUCUCCUCACUCUUAUUUUUUUUCUACGCUCGUUCAAUGUUUGCUUGAGUAUACAAUAAUGUUAUCAUCCUACAAUAGUGGCUGUUUAUGCAAAGUUAAGAUAUAUUUAUUUUUUAACUUCCAGAAUAAAGCUCAACCCUAAUUAUCAUUUUGAACAAAAUGUCCUCAACCAGAAAACAUGAAACGGUCUUAAUAAAGAGAUUCCUGAAACAUGA